GACCGGCCGGAACCCGGCCCGGCCGCGUAACUUGGCGGGGUCUUUUGUUGUCCUUGUCCACAGCGCGGUGCCGAAGCGCUCAGGCAGCGCUGCCUGCGGCCGGGAAAGGCGCCGGGCUGGGAGCACCGUUCCUCUUGCUUGCACCAUGACAGAAGAAAGCAAAGGGGAAGGCAAGGGGGAAAGCGGGAAGGACUUGGAGAAGCAGCUCCGGUUGCGCGUCUGCGUCCUCAACGAGCUGCUGAAAACCGAGCGGGACUACGUGGGAACGCUGGAGUUCCUGGUGUCGGCUUUCCUUCACCGAAUGAUCCAAUGUGCUGCAGCCAAAGUAGAUAAAAAUGUCACAGAAGAGACAGUUAAGUUGUUGUUUUCAAAUAUUGAAGAUAUUCUUGCAGUUCACAAAAACUUCCUGUCACUGGUGGAGGAAUGCUUACAGCCAGAACCUAACGCACAGCAUGAAGUUGGAACCUGCUUUCUUCAUUAUAAGGAGAAAUUCCGUAUCUAUGAUGAAUACUGCAGUAACCACGAGAAGGCACAGAAAGUUCUUCUUGACCUUAACAAAAUAAGAACAGUGCGGGCAUUUCUUUUGAACUGCAUGCUCCUUGGAGGACGCAAGAACACAGACGUACCACUGGAAGGAUAUCUCGUAACUCCAAUACAGAGAAUAUGCAAGUAUCCCCUUCUUUUGAAGGAGUUACUGAAGCGGACUCCAAGGAAGCACAGUGACUAUGCAGCUCUAAUGGAAGCCCUCCAGGCCAUGAAAGCUGUCUGCUCCAACAUAAAUGAGGCCAAGAGACAAAUGGAAAAAUUAGAGUUUCUGGAAGAAUGGCAGUCUCAUGUUGAAGGAUGGGAGGGAUCCAACAUCACAGACACGUGCACAGAAAUGCUGCGAAGUGGACUACUACUGAAAAUUUCUGCAGGAAAUAUCCAAGAGAGGAUAUUUUUUCUUUUUGAUAACCUUUUGGUCUACUGCAAAAAAAAGCACAGGCGACUGAAAAACAGUAAAGCAUCUACAGAUGGCCACCGGUACCUUUUUCGGGGCAGAAUAAACACAGAAGUUAUGGAAGUAGAGAAUGUAGAUGAUGGAACAGCUGACUAUCACAGCAGUGGCCACACUGUUAUUAAUGGCUGGAAGAUCCACAACACAGCAAAGAACAAAUGGUUUGUAUGCAUGGCAAAAACCCCUGAAGAGAAGCAAGAAUGGCUGGAAGCUAUUUUGAAAGAGAGGGAGAGAAGAAAAGGUUUAAAGUUGGGCAUGGAGCAGGACACUUGGGUGAUGAUCUCUGAGCAAGGCGAAAGACUGUACAACAUGAUGUGCAAACAGGGGAAUCUCAUCAAAGACAGGAAGAGGAAAUUAACCACUUUCCCCAAAUGCUUUCUUGGAAGUGAAUUUGUGUCCUGGUUGUUGGAAAUCGGAGAAAUACACAGAUCUGAAGAAGGUGUUCAUCUUGGCCAAGCUUUAUUAGAGAAUGGCAUUAUCCAUCAUGUUACAGAUAAGCACCAAUUCAAACCUGAGCACAUGCUCUACAGAUUCCGAUACGAUGAUGGAACGUACUACCCCAGAAAUGAGAUGCAGGAUGUGAUCUCUAAGGGUGUACGACUGUACUGUCGCCUUCACAGUCUGUUUACCCCAGUAAUUAGGGAUAAAGAUUAUCAUUUGAGAACCUACAAAUCUGUGGUCAUGGCUAACAAGCUCAUAGACUGGUUGAUUGCACAGGGGGACUGCCGGACAAGGGAGGAAGCCAUGAUAUUUGGUGUAGCUCUUUGUGAUAAUGGGUUUAUGCACCAUGUAUUAGAGAAAAGUGAAUUUAAAGAUGAACCACUGCUGUUCCGUUUCUAUGCGGAUGAAGAAAUGGAAGGGUCAAAUAUGAAGCACAGACUCAUGAAACAUGAUCUGAAAGUGGUGGAAAAUGUCAUAGCCAAGUCAUUACUGAUUAAAUCUAAUGAAGGCACAUAUGGUUUUGGUUUAGAAGAUAAAAAUAAGGUGCCAAUUAUUAAAGUGGUGGAGAAAGGAUCAAACGCUGAGAUGUCAGGCUUGGAAGUUGGGAAAAAAAUCUUUGCCAUUAACGGUGACCUGGUUUUUCUGCGACCCUUCAGUGAAGUGGAUUGCUUCCUAAAAGCUUGUUUAAACAGCAGAAAGCCCCUCCGGGUACUUGUGAGCACUAAACCACGGGAGACAGUGAAGAUUCCUGACUCUGCAGAUGGACUUGGCUUCCAAAUCCGAGGCUUUGGCCCAUCAGUUGUCCAUGCUGUUGGGAGAGGAACAGUAGCAGCUGCUGCAGGUCUCCACCCUGGCCAAUGCAUAAUCAAAGUGAAUGGAAUUAAUGUCAGCAAAGAGACUCAUGCAAGUGUUAUUGCUCAUGUCACGGCGUGCAGGAAGUACAGGCGGCCAAUGCAGCAAGAUUCUAUACAGUGGGUUUACAACAGCAUUGAAAGUGCACAGGAAGAUCUUCAAAAAACAACCACCAAGCCCUCUGGAGAUGAUGGAGGAGAUGCCUUUGACUGCAAAGUGGAAGAGGUAAUCGACAAAUUUAACACUAUGGCAAUAAUUGAUGGGAAGAAAGACCACGUGAGUCUCACAGUAGACAAUGUUCAUUUGGAAUAUGGAGUGGUUUAUGAGUAUGACAGCACAGCUGGAAUAAAAUGCCAUGUGUUAGAAAAAAUGGUUGAGCCAAAGGGGUUUUUCAGCUUGACUGCAAAGAUUCUUGAAGCACUGGCAAAAAGCGAUGAACAUUUUGUGCAGAACUGCAGCAGCCUCAAUUCCUUAAAUGAAGUGAUCCCCACCGAGCUUCAAAGUAAAUUCAGUGUCAUUUGCAGUGAGAAAAUUGAGCAUAUCUACAGAAGAAUCUCUAGUUAUAAAAAGUUUUCAAGAGUGUUAAAAAACAGAGCUUGGCCUACCUUCAAACAAGCUAAGUCAAAGAUUUCACCACUUCAUAGCAGUGAUUUCUGUCCAACCAACUGCCAUAUCAAUGUGAUGGAAGUGUCUUACCCUAAAACCUCAACUUCUCUUGGUAGUGCCUUUGGUGUACAGUUAGACAGCAGAAAACAUGCUUCCCAUGAAAAGGAAAAUAAAAAUACUGAUCAAGGUAAACUGAAUCCCAUGAUUUAUGUUCAACAUACCAUUACUACUAUGGCUGCCCCAUCAGGACAGUCUCUUGGCCAGCAGGAGGGCCAUGGUUUGAGGUACCUCUUAAAAGAAGAAGAUUUAGAAACACAAGACGUGUAUCAAAAAUUGCUGUUCAAAUUACAAGCUGCACUGAAAGAAGUGGAAACAUGUGUCUGUCAAAUAGAUGACCUUCUUUCUUCAAUAACAUAUUCUCCCAAGUCAGAACGUAAAACACCCGAGCCUUUAAUACCUGCAGACAGUGAUAAUGAAAAGGGGGAAAGGAAUGGGAAGAAAGUCUGUUUUAGUGUGACAGGUGAUGAGCAAGAAGAUUCUGGCCAUGAUACGAUCAGCAACAGGGAUUCUUACAGUGAUUGCAACAGCAACAGGAACUCCAUUGCUUCAUUCACCAGCAUUUGUAGCAGUCAAUGCAGUUCUUAUUUUCACAGUGAUGAAAUGGAUUCAGGCGAUGAGCUUCCCAUAAGUGUUCGAAUCUCACAUGAUAAACAAGACAAGCUCCAUAGCUGUUUGGAGCAUCUUUUUGGUCAAGUCGAUUCAAUUGUCAAUAUUCUGAAAGGACCAGCUGUGAUGAGAGCCUUUGAGCAGACAAAAUACUUCACACCAGGUCGUGGCCUCCAAGAGUUUCAGCAGGAAAUGGAACCGAAGCUUAACUGUCCAAAGAGGUUACGACUCCAAAUCAAGCAAGACCCUUGGAACCUCCCCAGCAGUGUCCGGAGUCUUGCCCAGAACAUCAGAAAAUUUGUUGAAGAGGUGAAGGCACGAAUACUCUUGGCACUUCUUGAGUAUACAGAUAGCGAGAUACAACUGAGGCGAGACAUGGUCUUCUGUCAGAGCCUAGUGGCCACAGUCUGUGCUUUUUCAGAGCAACUAAUGGUGGCCUUAAAUCACAUGUUUGACAACAACAAAGAAUAUGAAAUGGAGACACUGGAGGCCAGCAGAAGAUGGUUGGAACAGAUAGCCAGUGCAGGUCUUCUCCUUCAUUUCCAGUCCUUGCUCUCACCUAACCUGGCUGAUGAGCAAGCCAUGCUAGAAGAUACACUGGUUGCACUGUUUGACUUGGAAAAAGUUACUUUUUACUUCAGACAAUCGGAGCCAGAACCACUAGUUGCGAAUGUACCAAUCACAUACCAAGCAGAAGGAAGCCGGCAGACCCUGAAGGUUUUCUUCUACCUUGAUAGUUACCAUUUUGAACAGCUUCCUCAAAGACUGAAGAAUGGAGGAUUUAAAAUCCACCCAGUGCUUUUUUCACAAGCAUUGGAGAGCAUGGAAGGAUACUAUUAUAGAGACAGUGUCUCAGUAGAAGAAUUUCAAGCUCAGAUUAAUGCAGCCUCACUAGAAAAAGUCAAGCAAUAUAACCAGAAGCUACGGGCAUUCUACCUGGACAAGUCAAACUUGCCUCCAAAUUCAACAUCUAAAGCGGCUUAUAUAGAUAAGCUGAUGAGGCCUCUCAACUGCUUGGAUGAACUUUACCGCCUGAUUGGGUCCUUCAUCCGGUCCAAGCGCACGGCUGCCUGUGCGUACACAGCGUGCAGUGCUUCUGGAGUUGGGUUGCUCUCAGUGUCCUCUGAACUCUGCAGCAGGCUGGGAGCUUGUCACAUCAUUAUGUGCAACAGUGGAGUUCACCGCUGCACUCUGAGUGUCACCCUGGAGCAGGCAAUCAUUCUGGCUCGUAGCCACGGGCUACCUCCUCGCUACAUCAUGCAAGCUACGGAUGUCAUGCGCAAACAGGGUGCCAGAGUCCAAAACACAGCCAAGAAUUUAGGAGUGAGGGAUCGAACGCCACAGUCUGUCCCAAGGUUGUACAAGCUAUGCCAACCACCACCACCAGCUGGAGAAGAAUGAGGAGAAGUGCUCCAGAAAAUAAUCCAAUGAUGGCCUUUGGGAUACUGGGACUAUAUGACAAAAUGUUACUGCACUAUAGCAGUAUGUGCCUGGGGCUUUGAUCAAUAAAAAAUCCUUUACUCUCAGGAUAAAGAAAAAAAUACCCUAAAUACCUUCUAUUGGCAUUGACAACUGACUUCCAAAAUGCAUUUCUGGAAUCUGUGCGCUCCAACCUUACACUAGUAGAGCAGGAAUCUUCCUUGGGAAUUUUACACUGGAAUGAGAUUAAUUUGAUGUGUCUUGUUCAGCUACAUGGUAGGUAUAGCCAACAGCCUGAAAACAAAAGUCCUCCAGAGAGAGUGACUUCACUUUUACACUAUACAGAAUGUGUUCUUGUGGAGGGAAUAAAAGCACAGACAAACUCUGCUUCAUAAUGGGCAUGCACUUCAUAUGAGCCCCUUUGCACUGGUAAUCCCAUUUUUCCUGUCACCAUCAGAACGAUGACAUUACUGUUUCAAGGACAUCAUGUAAGUGGGGUUUAAAAAUGGAGAACUAAUCUCAGAAUUGUGUUUAAUGGCUGCAGGCAGACAGCAGCUAUGAAUGUGUGCUUGUUAUCAGUGAACUCAGCCAUGUCUGGUGUUAGCAAUCUGUUGUCACACUCCUUUAGAAGAAGUACAUAUGGGGCAUUAAGACCUUUUUCAGUUGCCAUUUUAAUGAAGGAGAAGAAGGGUAAGUCUGAUCUUCAUCCAUAGUUAGCUUGAAUUUCAGACUCAUGGAUGCUUUACAUUAUUACGCCUCUGCGUUUCUGAGUGUUCAAGAGUUGUGGAUAUCUUGUGUAGUGCUACUCUAGUGAGUCUGCAUGAGGUGAGGAUGAGGCAGUGUUUAACUGGAAAUAUCUGGGGUUUAAAUUGAAUUACAGUUUGGAGAUAUGAUAUUUUUACAAUACUAUUUUUUUUUUUUUUGCUCGGUUUGUUUUGGGGUUUGGGAUUUCUUUUUUUUUGGUCAGAAUUCUUUCGUAUAGCAUUUUAGUUCUUUCGCGUGGUAAUUGUUACUGAUUUAUUUCAAAAUUGUACUGAGUAUUCAGAGGGCCCAGGGAAUAUGUAUUUGAGUUUGGCUGUUCUUUUAGCCAAAGAAUUUUCAGAGAAAAUUCCCCCAAAUGAAGUUUCAUGUGUGAACAUGUUAAAAAAAAAACCCUAUAUUCUGAUACAGUUCUACUUGUAGCAGUAGCUAUGCAUUAUAUUAGAGCAGGACCUAUGCUGUCUGAAUAAUUUUAUUUUUUUUUUACAACAGCAGCCUAUAUUAACGUUGCAGCAAUCAAACCUCACAGCAUAAUUGUUGCAUAAUUAUUUAUGAAAUCUUCAACAGAUAUAUUAAUCCACGAUGAAAUAAGUGAGAAUUCAAAAUGAGCUGUACUCUUGCAGAGUGUUUUUUAUGUAGGAUAUUUAGGGGACUUGUUACUUUUCUCCAAAGGAGGAAUUAGAGCUCCUACCUUUUUCAGUAUUCUUAAUAUUUUUACAGACUUUAACUUUGCUAAGAAAAUAAAUAUUUUUAUACAUCCAGUUACAUAUUUCUGCGCAUAUAUGUGAGUUUCAACAUGUAUAUAGUCAUGUAGUCAUAUCAGUUACUGGUCCAACCUUAAAUAUAGAGUGUUUGCCUUAAACUGUGACCAAGACAUGCAAUAAUGAACACUCCAGUAACAAUUUCACCUUGUGCUUUGAAGUUUAUGCUCUUUUAUAGUUACUGGAAGCUGUGGGGCUAUAAUUUUUUUAUUAAAAAAAAAAACAAACCUAAACCAGCAAAACCAGAGUUUUACUCUUUAGAAACUUCUUUUUGUCUAGGAUGACCUAAUGCUUGCUCGUGAGAAAGAGUCACUAUUGCUAUAGUUCUGUUCUGGUCAGGAUCCCAUGCUUUUGGAUGCAUUUUAUUCAGAAAGACAGUAUUGGCUAGGCUGCAGGCUAAAGCACAAAAAAUGUUUCAGUUUCUGCUUAUUCAGACUUCAGGAGUACAGAGAAGCCCUAACCUCCUUCCUGGUGAGGAUGGUGCUGGUGUCAGCCCCAGCUGUGAGCCCCCCAUCUUCCCGUGAGAUUUACCCACAGGAGUUUUGGUUUUUUACUACAAGGCAAGUCUACUGUCAGCUGCAUAGAGCUUCUACUCCUGUAUAAUAGAAAAUUAGAGGACAAAAUCUGUUGCACGCAUGCAUGUUAUUGUAACUAGUAAUCACUUUUUUUUUUUUAUUGCAUUGAAAAUAUGCCAGAACAGUCUCCCCGUGUAAUAUGGUAAUUGCCUAAUUUGUUUUGUUAUUGAAAAUACGGGGUAAUAGACAUCUGUAAACACUGAGGGACAAACAGUUAAAAGCCAGUCACUGGAUCAGAUUCUUUCAGUAUUGUAUCAUGAGUGUACAUCACAAAUCUUGACCUCUUGUUUUUGUAUCUGAUUGUUAGUUCUUUAGUCUUUACCCAUCAUCAUUGGUGGCAAAAUCAAUUAUUUAGCUUGGUAUCAAAGUAGGUAGGAAACUGAAACUCUGUUUUUCUGGGAUUACAGGUGGCACAUAAAGACAGGAUUUCCAUUGGGCAUAAAUGUUUCACAGAUGGUCUAUGGAAAGCGAGUGCCUAAUUUCUCAAAAUAUCCCUCAAAAGCCAGUGGUCUCUGAAAACAUUGUGAAGCUUUUCAAACUGCUUUUCUUGUCCCUCAGUUUUCAGAGCACACUUCACAUUCAAACACAUCUGGCUUCUAGUAACAUUGGAUAGACCGUUAAGAAACGAGUUCUUAAAUUGUAAAUUUUACAAAUGUUCAUUAUUGAAGCUAUUUAUCUUGCUUGGGCUAUGUAGAGGAUGUAUUUGUUCCUUAUGCAAGGUACACUUGCAGAGUAAAAAAAAAAAUCUCAUCACACUGUGUUUAUUCUCUCAUAAAUUUUUAGACUUAGAGAUGACAAAAGAGGUGAUGAACAACAACAGAUUAUGCAGCCUGUUUUUAUGACAAUGUGGUGUACUGGUUUAGGGAAAGCAUUCUGUAUGUAAUUUUUGCUUUUUCAUCCAAGUAUAAUUCUUCUGGAAACAAAAUAAAGGAUCUAAAGGCAUGCAUUACUCAAUGCUGACUACCAUGAUUCAGUGGUAGUCUGGGGGGAUAUAUAGGAGAUUUAAAAGCUGGGAAGGGGGAGUUAAGGACCAAGGAACCAUACGGCUCAUACUUGUAGAAGACUUGGAUUUUGAUUUUUAAGGUAGAGCUGAUGAUGUUUGCUCUGUCUUUGUAACUAUCAUCUGUGACUAACAGGAUGGUAAACAGUUUAUGUCAUGAGCAUUGAUUUAGAGUAGCUCCCCAAAUUAUUUCAUAACACUCUUUUUCCUUGUCAAUUGUAAAAGAAUUUUAAAAUGUAGACAUCCCAGUUUCUCAAUGUUAAACAUUUUUGUGUUUAGGGAUUAAUCUUAAAGUAAAUAUUCCUGAUACCAGCUGAACAAACCAACUGAUUAUAUGUCCACUGAGAGACUUGCAAUCCUUAGUGGCUUUUCAGAUAGUUUUCACAGAGUAUUAGCAAAUGCAUUGGGUUUCUGGGUUGUUUUGUUUUGUUUUUUCUUUGUUGAAAUGCAGUCAAUAGUGGUCCAAACUGCUCUUCUACUGUUUUAGAGUCAAAACAAUUAAACUUUUUUUGACAAGGAUUUAUAGUAAUCAUACUUAAUCUCAUUUGUUAAGAGUCCUCUAAUGGAAGAAAAAUGAUCCAGUUUAUAAUCUGUUUUCACCCAGAGAAAUUCACAAACAAGCAAUAGCAUUUAACUCAUUUUCAGAUGCAGUACACACAUUCAUAUGUAUACAAAUAUAUGUAUAAAUAAAAGACAAUUGCCUGAAUGUGAGUGUACAAAUCAUGGUUAAGUAUGAUGCUCAAAAAAGAAAAGUAUCUUUCAUUUAAUUUUCAUUUAAAUUGUGAAAUCAGUAACUGUUGUAUAUUGUUGUAUUUCCAUAAAGCUGUAAAGAGUAUGGAGCAGUACUCUUCACAGCUCCUUCAUGGCUAUGUCUGCCAGCAUUUUAUGCAUAUUUUGCACCUUUUUUGUUUAAUGUUGUGAAAAGAGGAGACUUUCUCAAGUUAAUGGAUUGCCUUAUGUAUUUUAUCUCUGUACUUGCUGAUAAAUGCAGGUAGUGCUUUUCUAAUUGUACUCCAGCAGUACACCAGCACUGGUAAAUUACAUGCACCAUACAUACCUGUCUCAGGAUACCUGGAUUUUUCAACAUUAGGUUUUGAAGUAGAAAAAAGAUACUGAACUCAUAUUUUUGUAUGCUGACAAUUGUGUAGGUUCUUUUUGUAUACUGUAUAUAUCAAUCAAGUUUUCCUAAAGAAAUUGUCAUUAGCAACAUUUCCUUUUUCCUGCUAGAAGAUGUGGGUUUGUUUUUGUGUUAGGUAUGUAUAAAUGAAUAUACAGCAUGCCCAGUCAUCCAGAUAUUAACACCAGUGAGAAAUUUCAGACUGUCCAAAUGCCAGUCAAAUAGUUGUGUCUUAUAUUCUGCUCCAGAAAUAACAUCUUCAUGCUAGAAAUCCUGUAUGGCUACACUGGAACUACCUUAGCAAUAACUUUUGCUUCAAGUUUGAAGUCCAGUAGAGUAUUCAGAGAAGCUGGGACAAUUUUGCAAGUACUUAAAUUUGGACUUCCAUGGGAAAACCCACAACAUCUUUUGUGGGAGUGUGUAUUCUGUCUGUACCAUGCACCAGACUUUAAAAGGCUUAGUGGCCUUAAUAACUUUUUAACACCAUGUAUAUAGUGUAUGUAUUUGGUUAUUCUUGUGUUACACUUUAAAAAACUUAAGUCUUUUAUUGAGUAUUGCACACAUUUUUCAAAUGAAGAAUAUAUUGUUUGUAACGUCUCAUUAAGCACAAGAGAGCAUUACUGCUUUGAAAUAAAAUGUUAAGUACAGCCAUACACAGAAUCUCUCAGUGAGCUUUUAUUUUAAAACAGUCAAACUAGCAGCUUUGUAGGUAGCUGACUUUAUUAGAUGUAGCCUUUGGAAUUUAAUGUUAAAUGUCCUCUAAAGAUGGAUUUAAGUUGCUUUUUCCUUUUCUGUAAAGUGCUUGUGUAGCAUACUUUGAAUCAGUUGCUAUAUUGAUUAUGGGUUGAACUAAUGCUGUGUUUAGAUCUAUGGUUUAUUUUUUUAGUCUACAUAUUAAAGACUGGAAUGGUAACAAUGUAUUACAAAAUGUCAGACAGCAAUAAAACCAUUCAUAAUAUGGCCA